AUGGCAGCUCCCAAGCGCCCCAACUUUCUUGUCAUAGUCGCCGACGACCUGGGCUUCAGCGACAUUUCCCCCUUCGGCGGCGAGAUCAACACCCCCAACAUUGCCAAGCUUGCACAGAAUGGCAUCCGCUUCACCGAUUUCCAUGCGGCCGCCGCCUGCUCGCCGUCGCGUGCCAUGAUCAUGACUGGCACCGACCACCACAUUGCCGGCCUGGGAAACCUCAUUGAGUGGACCAACAUCAGCGGACAAAACGACCCCAAGGGCGGCAUGUCGACAGCUCCCCAGCGCGGCAUGCCUGGCUACGAGGGCUAUCUGAACGAGCGCGUCGCCGCUCUGCCCGAAAUCCUUCGUGACGCCGGCUAUCUGACCAUGAUGGCGGGAAAGUGGCACCUCGGCCUGACCCCCGAGCGUUCGCCCAAGGCUCGCGGUUUCGAACGCAGCUUUGCCCACCUGCCCGCGUGCUCGAACCACUAUGCAUACGAGCCCCAGCUGCAGACGCCGGAUAAGAUCCCCGAGUUCAUGACAAUGAGCUUCAUCGCGCUGCACAACGAGGAUGGCGAGUACGUGAAGAAGCUGCCCGACGGCUGGUACAGCAGCGACGGCUACGGUGACAAGAUGCUGCAGUACUUGAAGGAGAGAAACGAGAGUGGGGACGAGCGCCCCUUCUUUGGCUAUUUUCCCUUUACUGCUCCUCACUGGCCGCUCCAGGCGCCAAAAGAGUACAUUGAAAAGUACAAGGGUGUCUAUGAUGACGGCCCGGACGCUCUUCGCCUUAAGCGGCUGCAGCGUCUGAAAGACCUGGGAAUGAUCCCCAAGGACGUCGAGCCGCAUCCAGUGGUCGCUGACGAGGUGAAGGAGUGGAAUGAGCUGACGCCCGAGGAGAAGGCCAAGUCCUGCCGCGCCAUGGAAGUCUUUGCAGCCAUGGUCGAAAGCAUUGACGCGAACGUGGGCAAGGUUGUCGACUACUUGCGCGAGACGGGCGAGCUGGACAACACGUUCGUCUGCUUCCUGUCCGACAACGGUGCUGAGGGCGCUGCCUACGAGGCCUACCCCAUGGUCCAGGGCAGCAUGCUGCAGCACCUCAAGAAGUACUACAACAACUCGCUCGACAACCUCGGCGCCGGCGACUCCUUCAUCUGGUACGGCCCGCGCUGGGCGCAAGCGGCCACGGCGCCGUCGCGCUUGUACAAGGCCUACACCACCGAAGGCGGUGUGCGUGUUCCCUUCGUCGCGCAGUUCCCCAAGAACAUCCAAGCGCCGCAGCGGAACGGCAGCAUCACAGACGCCUUUGCCACGGUCAUGGACCUGGCGCCCACCAUACUCGACAUGGCGGGCGUCAAGCAUCCGGCCCCGACCUUCCAGGGGCGCGAGGUUGUGAAGAUGCGCGGCAAGACGAUGCUGCCAUUUGCUCAAUCGGCGGACGUGCCUCGGGUGCACGAGGAGGAAUUCGUCAACGGGUGGGAAACGUGUGGGCGUGCGGCGUGCCGCAAGGGCGACUGGAAGAUUGUGUACAUCCCUAAGCCCAAGGGUCCUGAGCGCUGGCAGCUGUACAACCUGCGUGCAGACCCAGGAGAGGUGCACGACCUGGCGGACAAAGAACCGGAGAAGCUGAAGGAAUUGUUGAAGCUGUGGGACGACUACGUGCUGGAGACAGGCGUCAUCCCGCUAGCGCCAGAGCUGGGCCACUUCCUGAAAGCGACGGAAGAGCAGAUGCCGGAGAACGCGUGGAUGGAGUACGAGUAUUGGAAGGAUGGCGCGCGUGAUGACGAGACGAGGCAUCAGUUCUUUAAGAACCCACCCAGGUUCAAGAGGGAGGUGAAGCAGUUUUAG